CUUCAGCAGUGUACCCUGACAACCCUGCUCUGUAAAAGUAGGAAAAACAGAGAAUUUUAUUAUCAAUUGUAUAAAAUCGAAAAGAAAACGGCCGGAAAAUGUCACGACAAGCCUCCCGUUUGGACGCCAAGAAAGUGUAAGUGUGUGUGUUGGGGGCUUGAGGUUGAGACACGGACACACAGACAGGCACAAGCCGCAGUGCAAUCAGGCAAUGGAAAACCAUUUCAGCGCCACCAGUCGCCCCUCAGCCACGCCCAGAAUGUGCACCACCGCCACUGCCGUCGGUGCUGCCGCUACCGCCGCCGCCACCGGCAACAACAAUAACAACAGCAAUAGCAGCAGCAACAACAACGCAACAACCGGCAACAAUUUAAGUGUUAGCACAGCAGCCGGAGGAGCCACGAAUGCCGCAGCAACGGCACAACCCAUCCAAGUGAUACCAAUGCCCAUGCUGCCAACCGGAGCGGCGCAAAUCAUAAUUGGCCAGCAGCCACAGGGUCAGACGCCGGCGACGGGUCUGCAGCCACAAUUGAUACCGCUGCAGGCCAACCAGAUUAUGCUGCAGGCUGCGCAGCAGCAGCCACAGAUGCAGGUGAUGCAGUUGCCCGACGGCCAGACCAUAUUCUAUCAGACGCCCACCAUUGCCGCCUUGGAUCCGAAUGCAGCGGCCAACGCUGCAGCUGCGAUGGCAGCCCAGCCGACGCCGCACUACCUCAAUAUCAAUGGGCAGCUGGUGCAGAUCAAUCCAGCACCCAGCGCUAAUCAGGCGGCGCCCACAGCUGGGCAACAGAUCAUAAUGGUGCCGCAGACAGCGAUGGCAGCGGUGAAUGCAGCGGCCGCCAAUGCCGGAGUAGGCGCCGGAGUGGGCACAGUGGUUACCCAACAACAACAGCAGCAGCAUCAGCAAGUACAAUCCCAGACCCAAAACCAGCAGCAACAGCAGCAGACGGUGGCGGCGGUGGCUGCCAGUGCUGCAGUCAAUAAUAUAAGCGCCGAUGUCAGCACAAGUACCACUGGAACGAAUACGAACAGCGAGGACGAGAGCUCCAAGGGCGAGGCGGACGAGGAGCCGCUCUAUGUGAAUGCCAAGCAGUACAAACGUAUCCUCAUUCGGCGGCAGGCCAGGGCCAAGCUGGAGUCGCGCAUACCCAAGGAGCGGUGCAAGUAUCUGCACGAAUCUCGUCAUCGCCACGCCAUGAAUCGGGCUCGUGGCGAGGGUGGUCGCUUCCAUUCGGCGCAGGAGAAGGGCGACCAGGAUUCGUCCGGCCCGGAAGGCGGCAGCAUGCCAAUGGCGUCCAGUGGUGGCGUCACCCUCAGCCGUGGCACGGCACGGGCUCCACCUAAACUGAUCGCGCCACAUCAAACGCCAAGCAUUACCAUAACGGCGAUUAAAUCGGAAUAGUCGCCUCCUAGCUGUAGGAUAUAAACUAGAUUAGAUCGUAGUCAUAGCGUUUAGUCCUAAGCCAAUCGCUCUGUGUCCAUUUGUCCUCAAUCACACCACUAUAGUCGGCUCGCAUGUUUAUUUUUCAACAUUAAGUCUUCAUAUAUUAUUUUCAAAGGGAAUUCUUUGUUUUUCUAUUUAUUUUUAUUUAGAUUGGAAAAGUGAAAAGUUCGAGAAAGAGAUAAUUGUGAUACUUAUUCAUUUUCUAAAUCGUUUCUAAUUUCUAAUAUUUAUUUUCUGUUAGCCAGCUGUUAAAAAUUGAUUGUAAUUAUUAAAUAGAGAAUUUAUUUUA